CAAAGUUAAAAGUGUCAUAUUCUGUGUUGGUUUGUGUCACCUGGUAACAGGAUGCCAAACCCCUGCCCCUAUUGGGGGACAGGUGAGUGCGGCUCCACCCACAUUUACAUACAGCAGCUCUCAUAUAAAAGCAACAUCCAGAGUCUCAUUGUCACAUUCACACAGAGAUACUAGAGUGAGACUGACCACAAUGUCUAAUAUUGCAAAAGUGCUUUCCAGGAGGCAGGACAGAGGAGAAGGACUGGGGACAAAUGAGAAGGCCAUUCCCUACAACAAGCAGGACUACCAGAGCCUGAAGCAGGAUUGUCUGGCCAAAAGAACCCUGUUUUGUGACCCAACUUUCCCCGCUGAAUCCGACUCUCUGGGGUACAAUGAACUGGGACGAUACUCCUUUAAAACCAAAGGAGUGCAGUGGAAGAGACCCAAGGAGCUGUGCUCAAACCCUGAGUUCAUCAUGGACGGGGCCAAUCGGACAGACAUCUGCCAGGGAGCUUUAGGUGAGAAAAGAUGCGUUCAGCACAAUAGUGAUCGGGUGUGGCUGUAA